CCCACUUAAAUCGAUCUUUCAUAGUUUCCAUGGCGAGAUCAAAAAUUUUAGUUACUCUAGUCAUUUUUUUGGCUUCUUUGGUGGUGGCCAUGGCAUAUAGACCUUUUGCAAUCGGUCCUAAUGCCUUCGUUGAUAAAACUUGGUAUGAUGCUCAUGCCACAUUUUAUGGUGACAUGACUGGCCAAGAAACUAUGCAAGGAGCAUGUGGAUAUGGAAAUCUGUUCGAUCAAGGAUAUGGAUUAGAGACUGCAGCCCUAAGCACUGCACUCUUCAAUGAGGGGCUAGCUUGUGGGGCUUGUUUUGAACUCAUGUGCGUGAAUGACCCUGAAUGGUGCAUUCCAAAUGCUGGUGUUAUCAGAAUUACUGCAACCAACUUCUGCCCUCCCAAUUAUACCAAAACGACAGAUAUUUGGUGUAAUCCGCCACAAAAACACUUCGAUCUAUCGAUGCCAAUGUUCGUCAAGCUUGCCAAUUAUAAAGCUGGGAUCAUCCCAGUCAAGUAUCGUCGCAUCUUGUGCCACAAGAAUGGAGGGGUGCACUUUCAACUGAACGGGAACCCUUAUUGGCUUUUGGUGUUGUUGUAUAAUGUUGGAGGAGCUGGUGACAUCAUUGAUGUUAAGGUUAAGGGAUCUCAAACUGGAUGGCUUCAGAUGAACCAUAAUUGGGGAGUGAACUGGCUGGUUAGCACAGUAUUGACAGGACAAAGUUUAUCCUUCCAAGUAACAACCAGUGAUCAUGUGACAUUACUCUUUAAUAAUGUGGUACCUACAAAUUGGCAAUUUGGUCAAACCUAUGAUGGGAAAUUAAAUUUUUAAGGAAACUAGAACAUUAAGCAUAAUAAUGUUGUGCACUAGUUACAUUUCAAAAAAUUUUGUAAACUGGUUAUCUUACAAAAAAUGUUGUGCACUAAUUUCUUGGUUGGAAACUUCAUCGACUCAAUUAUGUGAAGCAAAAUGUAAUAGAGGAGGUUGGGAUAAUAAAUUCAUUCAUUUUUA